GCCCACGCGGGCAGUGGGUCCCACUUGGUUCGAAUCACGAUCCCACGCCAACCGUUGGAUCAAACCCCUGCAUACCCUUUCUCGCUCUCUCGCUCCCGCACUUUUUAGUUCUUCCCUCCACAUAUCAGUCCUCCGCGCGCACCGAAGUCCAAACCCUCGACGCUUGCUGUCUCAGUCGCCGGGAAGAAGAAGAAGAAGAAGAUGGCCACGGUCAAGCGGCUGAAGUAUCUUGGAUAUGUGAGGGUUAUGGCGAUCCACCUGCUCACAUGGGUGUUGAAUAUGUACGAGUACACUAAGCACCACUCGGGGCCUUUGCAGUCGCCGAUGGACCGCAUUGAGAGCGUCGUGAUCACCGUUCUUGGCCCUGUCUACCGGAACUUAGAGGGCGUCCCUGACGAUCUCCUUCUCUAUCUUGAUGCCAAGGUAGAUGACGCCACAAAAUUGUUUGAUGAGCAUGCUCCAUCUUUAGUCAAGUGGGUCGUCAGGCAAUCCCUUUUAGUUGCCCGUAAGGCAUCUCAACUGGGGAAAGAACUUGUACACGAAGCUGAAGUUGGUGGCCUGAGUGGUGCCAUCCGAUGUUUUGUCGUGAAGUUCAAUAAGUUCCUCUUUUCCUUGUUCGUGAUGAUGUGGUUUGCAGCUAACAAGUUACCACCUUUCCAAAAGAUGGCAGGAAUGCUGCUUCCUGCAGCUACGCAAUUGCUGGAGAAGUACAACAAGGGAAUCAUCAGUUUGGCAAACACAGGUUUUUCUGCCUUAAGUCACCUCCCUUCAGUUCCAAUUAACAAGAUAGGCAAUGCAUUUAAGGAGCGCGAGGAGAUGUUCAACCAGGGAUUCGCCACUGUGAUGGGUGGAAUUUCAAACGUGAUGGAUAAAGGUUCGACCACCUUAAGUUCGGUUCCAAUUGCCGGUGGGGCAGCUGAAGUAGCAACGGCAGCUGCUUCCGCCGCACAAGAAACACUCACAAAUGUGAUGGAGAAAGGAUCUGAUGUUCUAAGUUCGGUCCCCGUGGUGGGUGGGGCAACUGGUGCUGCACAAAAUGCAAUCGGCAGCGUAAUGGAGAAAGGUUUCACUGUCUUGGGUCACCUUCCUUCGGUGCCACUUGUAGGCGAGGGGUCGAAGCCAAGUGAGGAAUCCCAGAGUUAAUGUCUCUACUGCACAAGAAUCAUAGUAAGCGGCAAAGGCACUGUUUGUUUUGGGUUAAUUCAGCUUGCUGGAUGCUAGUUUGGUGUGGAACUUUUAAUUUCUAGUAGAGGUUUGUAUGCGCAUCUAUGUGCUUUUUAUUUAAAAAUGUGAAUGGGUAUCUGUGUGGUUCAGCUCUGCUGAAUUUCUUAGUUUUAUCAUAUUCAAAACAAAUUGACGAGGUUUAAUAAAGUUCAUGGGGAUGUCCAAUUUCAAA